AACAGUUACUAGCGUUAUUAUUCGAGAUGGCACUGCUGCAAUAAUUACUGCCAUAAAGUUAAACAUAACAACAAACCGCUUGUUAGAUGUCACGGAUCUUUAAUCUUUGCGUGUUGCUGCCUGUUGUGACAUGGAGCAACGCGGAUAUCGGAAUUACGCGCGUUUACGAUCGUUUCACUGUGGAGUGCGUGCCUAGCCUGACAUUCAGCAACACCGCCGUCAACCAGACUGAUUGUUUUGCCGGUUGCCCACCGGCAACGUGCCUGGUGGCUGUGUACAACUUGACCACGGGCCACUGCGCCACGGUCGCCAAUGGCGCCCUCUGCCAGCCAGUGCGCGUCGACGAGAACGCUGACCAACCGACGGUGUUUAUGCAGUUGAACGUCCGUGCCAUCGAUUUCAGCUACCGCACUAGCCACGCCCUGACCAGCCAGGGCAACAACACACUCAACACGCUCGAUGGUUUAUGGCAUCUCUGGAUGGGAAGGGAGCAAUGUGCGGUCUUCUGCGGACUGUUCCCGACGUGUAACGGCAUGCGGGUGGAUGCGCAGAUCUGCGACCUGCUGCAUUUUGACGGCAAGCAAACUGCCAUGCGCGGACGGGAAGAUGGUCCUCUGUGCUCGGUGAGGAACUAUGUUUACUACCAAGAUAAAACACAGGCACCAAUGGAGGAGGGGUGUGACGUCAUCACCACGCCACAAGACUGGAUGUAAGCGUCAAACUCUCGUGACGCGCCGCAUGAGAUUUUGACUUGCUGACUGCUGUUGAUCUUUACGACAAAGGCAUGCGUUCGUUAAGUGCAUCGUGAUUAUUGUUCGCAUCCAUCUGAUACAUAGGU